UAGAGAUGCUGCUGUAUCACUCGAUGCUGCUGGUGCUGCUUGCAGUAACACUACCAGGACAUAAUGAUGCUUCAACGGUAGGACCCACCACAGCUAAGGCAACUACAUUGAAGCCAACAACAAUGAAUCCAACUCCAGUUAAACCUACUACCGGGGGACCAACAACAACCUCAAUUAUUGAUAUUUGUCCAAAAGGAUGUAGGUGCCCUCCUAUGGGUAUUGAUAAAGUGGUCAACUGUUCUGGGGCAAUGUUACAGGAUGUGCCAAUUGGUAUACCUAAUGACACUACCAUACUUGAUUUAAGUUUCAAUAACAUAACAAAAUUGAUUGGAAAGAAUUCUGCUCUUGCAAAUCUAAGCGAGAUGAGGUUGCUGUAUAUAAAGAACAAUGCUUUGAACACUAUUGAAGCAGGUGCUUUUGAAGGUUGUAGAAAUCUGAGUGAAAUUCACUUUAACAACAACAUUUUGAGUAACAAUGGAAUCCAACCAGGUGUUUUUAAUGACACUGCUGAUGAAAUGGGAAAUUUGUAUUUUGAGGGAAAUGAAAUGAAUGAAAAUAUAAGCGCUGAAAUGUUCAAAGGUAUAAAAUCAAUUGUUGGACUGUUUUUUUCAAACAACAGUUUUACAGUGUUGAAAAGGGGCAUGUUCAAAUAUACCAAUUCGCUAAAGGUUGUUACUUUUGUGGGGAAUCAGAUAAAGACCAUUGAAGAUGGUGUGUGGAAUGACAUUACAAGUCUAACAUCUUUGGACCUGAGUUUAAAUGAUUUUAGCAGUCUCUCCUCUUCAAUGUUCAAAGGCCUGAUAAAUUUGGAUCAGUUGUCUAUUCAGUCAUGCUCCCUUGUGAAUGGUAUCGAAGAUGGUGCUUUCGAAGAUAUAGUGAACCUCAGCUACCUUAUUCUAGAAAAUAAUGGCUUGAGCAAACUCUCUCCUAAUUUAUUUAUAGGUCUUGCUCAAUUGACAGAGCUUUGGUUGUCUGGCAAUGCUAUAGAAGCCAUUGAUGGUAUGGUGUUUCAAUAUUCCCCAUCACUCGAAACAGUUCUUGUCAAUGGUAAUUCUAUAUCUCAAGUCACUGGCUCCAUUCAAAAUCUGACCAAACUGAAACUGUUUGAUCUUAAAAGUAACAACAUUAAAACCUUGAGAGAUGGUUUCUUCCCCAAUAAUGUCACCACUAAUCUGACCAUAGAUCUAACUAUGAACCCUCUUCAUUGUAAUUGCUUCCUUAACUGGAUUGGUAAAAUGCCAAAUGAUGUGACUGUCCAAGGUAUAUGUGAAACUCCUCAUAAAGUUAGUGGUAGGGAUAUAUCUAAAGUGGGUAAAUCUGAGUUUGUUUGCUAUAAGCCAACUAUCACUUCUAUGACUGAUAACCUUACAGUCAGUGCUGGUAGUAAUGUAACAGUGUCAUGUUCAGCAGAAGGGGACCCUCUUCCCACUAUUAUUUGGCAAGCAAGUAAAAUUGGUGUACGUAAAGUAAUUGGGCCACCAUCGGACGACUCUUUGUUGUCUAAUGACGGCAGCCUUACCAUCACAAACUUUAGCCAAGCCUAUGAAGGGAAUUAUACAUGUUCUGCCAUUAGCUCUCUCACCAGCAAUUCUUCUGUUAGAACACUUACAAUAAGAAUUGGUUCCCAUCCCUCCUCCAGUACAUGGAAUUUGACAUAUGGUCAGUUUGUUGGCAGUGUUAUUGGUGCAGUUCUUGGUACAUUUGUCCUAACUGUUGUUGUCUUUCUCAUAAUACAGUACUUCAGGUCUAAGAGGAGAGCGGGUUAUGAACAGUCAAUAUAACUCAAGCCAUGAAAACAUUUUGAUAAAUGUUAUCUAAGAAAUACACAAAUGUGUUCCCAUUAAUAGAAGUGCGACAUCAAAAAUACAACACAAUACUUGGUUGUAUACACCUGAUUGAUAGUAGUACUAGGAUGUGUAGCACAUAUCUCGCAAAUUGAAUUGUGGUUGUUAUAUUACUUGUAUAUAUUUUCAUAUACAUGAUGAAUUAUCAGCAAAUCCAUAGUAACUGUAAUAAUCAAAGAAUAUGUAGAUGUUGUCUGAUAAAUUCAUUUUGAGUUCAGUUUUGUAUCACAUACCAUGUACCAUUAUACUAUUAAAUACCGGUAUAUGUAUUUUUUAUUUUACUUCCAUCAGUAAAUGUAUUAACAUAA